CGCCGCUGUUGCCGCUCCCUACGCCCGGCGGACCCUGCCCCUCUGAAGUCCAUCUCCACUCACUCCGCUCCAUUCAAAGUGCUGAGAUCCGAGUGGGAGCCACGUCCAGCAGCCUCCUCCUGUACAGCAGAACACACGCCUGAAACUGAAGACAGCGUGGAAAGGAAGGGCUUCAGGAGCCACUCCACACCGCAAGAAUCGCUCCUGGGAUCCUAAUUUUUCUUUUUGUCCAUAAAGUGGAUUUUAGGACACCGGGGAGCAAGUCCUGCAGAGAUAAAGAGUGGGGGCACCUGCAGCCAAAAUGGAGGUGAAGACAUCACUUCUAGACAACAUGAUUGGGGUGGGGGACAUGGUCCUCCUGGAGCCCCUGUCUGAGGACUCGUUCAUCGACAACCUGAAGAACCGCUUUGACCACAAUGAGAUCUACACGUACAUUGGCAGUGUGGUGAUCUCUAUGAACCCCUACCGGUCCCUGCCCAUCUACACGCCCGACAAAGUGGAGGAGUAUCGCAACAGAAACUUCUACGAGCUCAGUCCACACAUUUACGCGUUGGCAGAUGAGGCCUACCGUUCACUGAGGGACCAGGACAAGGACCAGUGCAUCCUCAUUACAGGAGAGAGCGGGGCUGGGAAAACUGAGGCCAGUAAGCUGGUGAUGUCAUAUGUGGCAGCGGUGUGUGGGAGGGGCCAGGAGGUGAACAAGGUCAAGGAGCAGCUGCUGCAGUCCAAUCCCGUCCUGGAGGCUUUUGGAAAUGCCAAAACAGUGAGGAAUGAUAACUCGUCCCGAUUUGGAAAGUACAUGGACAUUGAGUUUGACUUCAAAGGAGAUCCUCUGGGUGGAGUCAUCAGCAACUAUCUGCUGGAGAAGUCGCGUGUGGUGAAACAGCCACGGGGAGAGAGGAAUUUCCACAUCUUCUAUCAGCUCUUGUCCGGAGCCUCUGACGACACGCUCAAGAAGUUGAAGCUGCACCGGGAUUUCAGCAAGUAUAACUACCUGAGCCUGGACUCGGCUGCGGUCAACGGGCUGGAUGAUGCUGCCAAUUUCAGGACAGUCAGAAACGCCAUGCAGAUCGUGGGCUUCAUGGAGGAUGAGGUGCAGUCGGUGAUGGAGCUGGUGGCGGCCGUGCUGAAGCUCGGCAACAUCGAGUUCAAGCCCGAGUCGCGCUGCAACGGCACCGACGAGAGUCGCAUCAAAGACAAAAAUGAUUUGAAGGAGAUGUGCGAGCUGCUGGGGAUCGAACAGUCGGUGCUCGAGAGGGCCUUCAGCUACCGCACGGUGGAGGCCAAGCUGGAAAAAGUCUCCACCACACUGAAUGUGUCUCAGGCGUACUAUGCCAGAGAUGCCCUCGCCAAAAAUCUAUACAGUCGUCUGUUUAGUUGGCUUGUUACGAGGAUCAACGAAAGCAUCAAAGCGCAAGCUAAGACUCGGCACAAGGUCAUGGGUGUACUGGACAUCUAUGGCUUUGAGAUAUUUGAGGACAACAGCUUCGAGCAGUUUAUCAUCAACUACUGCAACGAGAAGCUGCAGCAGAUCUUCAUCGAGCUGACCCUGCGCGAGGAGCAGGAGGAAUAUAUCCGAGAGGACAUCGAGUGGACUAAUAUUGAGUAUUUCAACAACGCUAUCAUCUGCGACCUCAUUGAAAAUAACCAAAAUGGCAUCUUGGCCAUGUUGGAUGAGGAGUGCCUGAGGCCUGGGACGGUCACAGAUGAGACGUUCCUGGACAAACUGAACACUAUCUGUGCCGAGCACCAGCACUUUGAGAGUCGCCUUAGCAAGAAUUCCAAGUUUCUCACAGACCACAGUCUGCCGCACAAUUGUUUCCGGAUCCAGCACUAUGCCGGCAAGGUGCUGUACCGCGCUGAAGGAUUUGUGGACAAGAAUAACGACCUCUUAUACCGAGACCUCUCGCAGGCCAUGUACAAGGCUAACCAAAGCCUCAUCAAACAGCUGUUCCCUGAAGGUAACCCUGCCAAAGUCAACCUGAAGAGACCACCGACUGCUGGAUUCCAGUUCAAAGCGUCGGUGGGCACACUGAUGAGGAACCUGCAGACGAAGAACCCAAACUACAUCCGCUGCAUCAAACCCAAUGACAAGAAGGCGUCCCACAUCUUCACCGAGUCUCUGGUGCGUCAUCAGGUGCGCUACCUGGGCCUGAUGGAGAACGUCCGCGUGCGGAGAGCAGGCUAUGCCUUCCGCCAGCCGUACGAGCCCUGCCUAGAACGCUACAAAAUGCUCUGCAAGCGAACUUGGCCCCAUUGGAGAGGACCGACCAGGGAAGGAGUGGAGGUCUUGAUGUCUGGCCUUCCGGUUCCAACAGAAGAGUUCUCCUACGGCCGCUCCAAGAUCUUCAUCAGAAACCCAAGAACGCUCUUCUUCCUGGAGGAAAGGAGGAGGCAAUGCCUGCAAGACCUGGCCACUCUCAUUCAGAAGAUCUACCGUGGCUGGAAGUGCCGCACCCACUUCCUGCUGCUGAAAAAGAGUCAGAUUGUGGUGGCAGCGUGGUACCGCCGAUAUGCGCAACAAAAGAAGUACCAGAAGAUCAAGAGUGCCACCACUGUGGUGCAGUCGUACACCAGAGGAUGGCAGGCCCGCAAACUUCUCAGAGAGCUGAAAUAUCAGAAGAGAUGUGAAGAGGCAGUGACCACCAUCGCAGCCUACUGGCACGGCACCCAGGCUCGGACGGAGCUCAGACGUCUAAAACAAGAAGUGCGGAAUAAACACGCUGUGACAGUAAUUUGGGCAUACUGGCAGGGAACCAAGGCCCGGAGAGAACUGCAUCAGCUGAAGGAGGAGGCGAGGAAUAAACAUGCCGUGUCGGUCAUUUGGGCCGGCUGGCAGGGCACCAAGGCUCGCAGGGAGCUGAGGAGACUGAAGGAGGAGGCCCGGCGUAAGCAUGCUGUCGCUGUGAUUUGGGCCUACUGGCAGGGACUCAAGAUCCGCAGAGAGUACAGGAAGUUCUUCAGGGCAAAUGCAGGCAAGAAGAUCUAUGACUUCACCGUCCAGAGGAUUAUGCAAAAGUACUUCCUGGGCCUGAAGAGAACCUUACCUUCCAUGUCACCCAUAGACAAGAACUGGCCCGCACGGCCUUAUCUCUUCCUGGAUGGAGUCCACACAGAGCUUAGGAGAAUCUUCCAUCUCUGGAGGUGCAAGAAAUACAGGAGUCGGUUCACGGAGGAGAAGAAGGUAGUGUAUGAGGAGAAGCUGGAGGCAAGUGAGAUCUUCAAGGAUAAAAAGACUCUCUACCCAAGCAGUGUGAGUCAGCCCUUCAGAGGAGACUACCUGGAGAUCAGCAAGAACCCCAAGUACCAGAAACUCAACAGUGCCAUGGAGGAGAAGGUCCUGCUGGCUGACGUGGUUAACAAGAUCAACAGAGCUAAUGGCAAGGGAACGCCUCGUAUCUUCCUGCUGACUAAGAAGAGGUUCAUCCUGGCCGACCAGAAGACGGGCCAGCUGAAGGCCAGCGUCCCUCUGCCGGACGUCACUAGUGUGUCAGUGAGCACACAGAGCGACGGCUUCUUUGCUCUCAAACUCAAAGAGGGCUCAGUGUCAGCUGUCAAGGGAGAUUUCUUACUCAGCAGUGAGCACUUGAUCGAGACCAUCACCCAACUCCACCGCAUCGGGGCCGCGGCUGGUGACAAAGAGCAGCUCAAAGUCGACAUCUCAGACGAGUUCGUGGUGCAGUUCAAGCACGACAAAGUAUGUGUGAAGUUCAUCCCGGGGUCUCCCAAGAAUGGCAACGGCGUGUCCUGCAAGCGCAAGAACAACCGCCUGCUGGAGGUGUCGGUGCCCUUAACGGCAUAGUGGAGACCCCUUACAGUUUGGGAGCAAUUAUACAUAAAAAACACCACCCACUCCGCAAAGUCUGGUCUCAUGAACCACCACAAUCACCACCCCAGUGCCCACCCUGAGUCUAAAAAUGACAGUGCAGUUAUUUGGCAUGUUGUGUUGUUGAUUUUCCUUCAGUCUCUUCUUUUCAGAUUUACUAUGGCACCACUAUAGCUGUAAUCAUGUGCCUCUUGUUUGGCAAAGAAAGCCUGUGUACAGGUUGCAUGCCACAGAAAAUUGGUAAAAUGUUUCACUGGUGUAUUUGUGGAACUGGAGUCAAGAGUUGAAGACGGGUGAGUAGAAAAUCUUUGUGGAGCACGACGGAGACCAGCGGUGAUCUUGAUGGUGAUUGUUCCGCCUGCUCGGUUAUUCAGUCUUCAGAUAAAAAUGUUAUUAGAGAGAAACUUGUGUGACAAGCUCCAGCCCCAACUGGCCUUAAGGCUUUAAGCGCGUUGCUUAAAAUUUGCGACAAACUAGGAACUUUUGGGCUCGGCCUGUUUUUCAGAGUUAAUUUCUCCGAAUAAAACAAAAACUGCACUUGUUUUCACCUCAGCGUAACCAAAAGAGGACCUGAAAGUGAAUUUGAUUGUAUGAUGUUCUAUUUUUAUGUAUUUUUCUCUGACUAAAAAAAAGAAGAAGAAAAAAGCACAGCGGCUCGUUGAGAAUUCAAAUGUAAUUUUUUCCAGAUUAUUGUGAAACCACUUUUUGUAUCUGUCAUUCCGAUGUGCCAUUGGACAGGUCGCAUGACUUGUCAUAUGUCAGUGUACAAAUACAAACCCUACAGGUGACGAAUGAGCCCACUUAAUCACAGAUAUUGACAAAUUUCAAUGCCAAAAACAAUUGAAUAUGGGGCCAUAGCAACCUAUCAGGGCCAUCGAUUUGAUAGCACUGCACAUGUGAUGAAUUUCAGUUCCCUAACAGCCGUGUAUGAAUGCAAAAAUCAUCUCACUUCAUGUGGGAACACACCUGACAGUGGCAGUAUAGACAUUCCAGUGGAAAGUGAAACCCUUGAUGCAGAUGUAUUUGUGUGCAAUAAAUAACAUUCUUUUUCUCAGUUAUUCUCUUCCAAACCGUAAGAACCCAAAGCAGUCGCCCUCACUGUACUAUAGGCUGUACAUAUAGUUUCUUUAGGUUGUGGCCCCGGCAUGAACAAAGGGGUUUCUUUAGUAUCCUUAUUUUUAUUGCUGUGUUAGUGAAAUGGCUGGUAUAUUUUUUUUUUGCCACUUCGGCUUGAGUUAUUGUCGUGCUUUGGCCUUUCUCUCUCUAAUGUAUUUUCUUUUCAAGGUGAAAGACCAAAUAUCACGUUUUCACAUGACCAUGGAUUCUUGAUGUAUCUUAAAGACAUUGAUCCGUCUCCACUUUUGCAACUGUCUAGUACGCUCGUAUAAAAAAAAAAAUUGGUACGCAUAUAUUUACACACAAGCCAAAUUUGAUUAUAAAAGAAACAUGAGUGCUCUAUAUUCAGGUAUGUUGACUAUAAUAAUGUGUAUUUUGGUGUACUGGUAAUUGGGCAUUGUACUAUUGGUAUACAAGUCAACCAGUUGUGUGUUUUUUUGUCUUUCUGGCAACGAUGUAAGGGUAUCUAACAACCAAAUCUGGUCUAGUCUUUUUUUUUUUUAAUCCAAACUAUCUUGGUUUGUUUGUUUGUUUUCUGUAUUUAAUGCCACACACAACACAGGGAAUUGAGGAAUCAGUUGUUGAUGACACGUGGGAAAGUUUGCGAUAAAUGGCCAGUUGCGACGUACGUAUUUGUUGCCUGGCUCUGCUCCAUUUCCGUGCAGUUUUGCUAAGGUGACCGCUUCCCUCCACCUCUCUCUCUCUCUCACUCACUCUCUUAUGUUUUUUCGUACAAUGGCUGCAACUGUAAAAUGGUGUCUGCAUUCUUGUGUGCCUAAUGUUAACGCGUGCUGAAAGACACAGCGCGGGAAGGUUUCGGUAGAACUCGAUGUAACGUUUGCAAGUAAUCUCUUCUCUCUUUUCUUUUCUUUUCUUUUUUUUAAUUUUAAAUUAAAUAAAAAUCGGUGAUAAAUAAAUAAAGAAAAUAAAUAAAUAAAUGUCAUUCUGGGAAUCUGU